AUGCCAGUCACAAACUUCUCCAUCCCGGAGAAGUACGAGUACCUGGUUGGGUUUGACUCUUAUCACAGCGAAGCCCACCCCUGCGCCCUCCCCCUCGCCCAAAACUCCCCCCAGAAACCACCUCUCGGCUUGUACGCCGAAAAGCUCUCGGGCACAGCCUUCACCGCGCCCCGGCAUGAAAACAAGCAGACGUGGCUGUACCGCAUCCUGCCUUCGUGCGCUCACCCGCCGUUCGAGCCGGUGACUGCCCACAACGAAGCGGUGGAGACGCAGCAUGAGAAGAAGCAUUACAUCCCUAACCAACUCCGUUGGGACCCUUUUGACCAUGACGAGCACGCCGAGCAUGAUUUUGUCGAUGGGUUGAAACUGGUUGCCGGGGCGGGGGAUCCAACGCUCAAGCAAGGGAUUGGCAUUUAUGUCUAUGCUUGCGGACGGGAUAUGAAGGAGAAGGAGGCGUAUUAUUCUGCUGAUGGGGACUUGUUGUUGGUUCCGCAGGAGGGGGGGUUAGAUGUUAGGACUGAGUUUGGGAGGAUGCUGGUUAGGCCGAUGGAGAUUGCGGUUUUGCCUAGGGGGGUGAAGUACAGGGUCGAGAUUGUGGGGGAUGGCAAAAAGGCGAGGGGGUACGCGUUGGAGCUGUAUCAGGGACAUUUCCAACUUCCUGAGCUGGGACCGAUUGGAUCAAACGGUCUUGCGAAUGCGAGGGACUUUCAGGCGCCCAAGGCGGACUUUGAGGAGGAUUAUGGUGCUACGGCGCAAGAGGGAAAGAAUGAGUGGAGGAUCAAGGUCAAGUUUAAUAAUGGGCUCUAUGAGACGGUGCAGAGGCAUAGUCCGUUUGAUGUGGUGGCUUGGCAUGGGAACUACUACCCUUUCAAGUAUGACCUUGGGAGGUUUAAUACCAUUGGGACGAUUAGCUAUGAUCAUCCCGAUCCGAGUAUUUUCACCGUGUUGACGGCGCCGAGUGAGAAGGUGGGGACGGCGGUGGCGGACUUUGUGAUUUUCCCGCCGAGGUGGUUGGUGGGGGAGGAUACGUUUAGGCCGCCGUGGUAUCAUAGGAAUACGAUGAGCGAGUUUAUGGGGUUGAUUCAGGGGGGUUAUGAUGCGAAGAAGGGCGGGAAAGGGGGGUUUGUACCCGGGGGAGCGAGUUUGCAUAAUAUUAUGAGUGGGCAUGGGCCGGAUAGGGAUAGUUAUGAGGGGGCUAGGGAGGCUGAGCUGAAGCCGCAGAAGGUUGGGGAGGGGAGCUGCGCGUUUAUGUUUGAGAGCUGUUUGAUGGUGGGCGUGACGGAGUGGGGGUUGAGGAGGUGUAGGAAGGUGCAGGGGGGGUAUAAUAAGCAUAGCUGGGAGGGGGUGGAGGUUCAUUGGAAGGGGAGGAAUAGCCAGUGA